AUUCUAUUCGAUUCGAUUCGGGUCGGAAUCGUGUGCGUUAGCCGGCCAUUGAGCACUAUCACAGCCAAAGGCAUUUGGCCCACAGCGCGACCGUGUGUGUUUAUUACUGUGGCAUAACCUUUGAUUAGCACAACUCUGGCGAUCGGAUAUAUCCAUUGAAAAAAUUCAUAAUACCAUCGACAACAUACACUGCACACCCCAAAACAAACACACACACACACAUCACCGAAAAAAAUAUAAACCAGAGCCUCAGCGGCUGUAAAGUGCCACCGAAAAGUACUUGGCUGUAUAUUUUAUGCAUGAAAAGCUGAAGCAAGUGCAACCUAACGCCGGAGUGACAUCAACAAAAAAAAUACGCACAUAAGGAAACUCCAAAAAAAUAAACCCGGGAUUAUCGCACACACACACAAGCACAGAAGUAAAAAAAUAAAGGAAGCCAAAGGAAGUCAGCAGCGAAAUCAUGUCACGGAUCGUUUUUAUAUGUCUCGCAGCCAUCUUAACAGAUGCGCUCACCUGGGCCCAGGUGAAUGUGGAACCCAACACAGCACUCCUCAACGAGGGUGAUCGCACCGAACUGCUCUGCCGCUACGGCAGAUCCAUCAACUACUGCCGGAUCGAGAUUCCUGGAGAGCAGAAGGUCCUCAACCUGUCGCCGGAGUGGAGCAAGACCCCCGGAUUCACGUACUUCGGAGCGGGUCUAACGGCCGGCCAGUGCGGCGUCAGCAUCGAACGGGUCAAGGCCAGCAACAAUGGCCAGGUCAAGUGCAGUCUCGGCGUCGAGGGGGAGGAGCUGUCGGGAACCAUCGACCUGGUCGUGGCAUUGCGCCCCCAGCAGCCUAUCAUCGAAUUGCUGUCCCGACCAAAUCGCGAGGGCUACUUCAGCGAGGGAACUGAAUUCAAGGCUCGCUGCAGCGUUCGCGAUGGUCGUCCGCCGGCGAAUAUCUCUUGGUACAUCGACAACAUGCCGGCCAACAAGCGCACCAGUCCCCUGGAGGUCAUGUCCUCGACCAACGACAAUGUGGAGCUAUCGACCUCGAUUCAGGAAAUCCAAUGGCACCUGUCGCCCGAGGAUGGCAACCGGAAACUGGUCUGCCGCUCGCACCACCAAACCGAUCGCGAAAGUGUCCCCCCGCAGGAAGCUGCCUACAUCAUCAACGUGCGAUAUGCCCCCGUCCACCAGCCAGAUGCCGCUGUUUACGGACUUUACCUCGAACACACUGCUAUUGUGAACAUCACCAUCCGUGCCAGUCCGCAGCCCAAGAUCGAAUGGACCAUCGAUGGAGCGAUUGUGGGACAGGGCCGUACCGAUGGACGCUACUCGGCCUAUGAGCCCCAGUAUCUGGGCAACGACGAGUACAACGUGACUUUGGCCAUCGCCGGUCUGACUCUGGAAGAUACCACGAAAAUCUACAAUUUGAGGGCCAGCAAUGAACUGGGAUCGACGGACUACCAGGUGCGAAUCAGUUCGUCAAGCAAACCGCCCAGUAGCAGCCUGGAUGUGGCCGCAAUUGUUGGCAUUGUGGUAGCCGUUGCCGUUUUGGUCCUGGUCGUUUUACUGAUUGUGUUUGCACGAGCCACUGGCCGAUGGUGUUUUGGCGGAAAAUCAAUCAAGACGCCCACAAACGAAACUCAGAUCGACAAGCAACUGGAAUUGGGAACUCAGCAAAACCAUGGACAAAAUGUUGCUCUUUUGGAGACCCCUAAUGGCAUAACUUUGUUGGGCGCCAGUAAAUUGCGAGAGGCCAAUGGAAAUGGUCAGGAUCGUCUGUCGGUUGAAAGACGCCAUCACGAUGAAGAUGAUAGUUUUGAAUAUGGCACGGAUCGUGAGAGCAGUGUCUAUAAUCCCACCACAAGACCCCUGAAGAGUAUUCUGAUGAGUCAGGCGGCAGGUCGUAAUUCCCGAAGCUCUGCAAGUGAUAAGGAAGAUGGCAGCGAGAAUGCUGAUUUACUGCAAAAGGGAAAUCAACUGGGAAUUCCCGAAUCGCGAUUCUCGCGAUGGCUGCCCAAGGAUCAACGCGAGCUGAUCGAAAAGCAGGCGAUGUUACUUUCGGGAAGGGGCAAGUCCAAGGCACCAGCCACACCGCCGAAACCCCAGAGACCCCAAAUCGGAGAGGCAAAUACCACGAAUGCUAUUACUAGGAAUACGACGCCAACAACACCGACGACGCCAAAGUUGCCACAGGAAACGGAAAUCUGAGAGCGUGCACGAGUGUGUGUGCGCGUGUGGCAUUCAUAUUUAUUUAUUUCUUCUUUUUGGGUACAGGAAACGCGCAGCAGGAUUAGGGAUGGAGCAGUUUUGUGGCAAUCGAGAACUUUUAGGGGGCCCUUCCAUUAGUGUCAAGAACUUUAGUUGAUGGGUUAACUCAGUUAACUCCAUCUUAAAAUUAAAUACUAUUUGAGUGCCUUUCUCAUAAGAAAACAGAUAAAAAUGUAAAAUAAAAGUAUUAAUAUACUUAAAGUUCACAAGUUCAAGUUCAAGUAUAAUGUGAAAAUGUUUCCUUUGUCAUCUGGAACUAAAAAUAUUUUUAUACAUAUUUGUUAGUGACUUGCAUUCCUGAGUUUUGAGUUUUUUUUUUUGGCGCGAGUAACAAUUCUAAACAAAACAAUAACGUUUAAUUUAUAUAUUGAGGGCUAUAAAUUCAACUUGCAUUUAAAAAAAAAAAUUUUAACUCUGAAAGGAUGAUAAAUAACCAGUUAUUUCUUAAAAAAUAGGGGUCCCCUAUAAAAUAACAUCGUUACAAAGCUGACUCCAAAUGAGGAUCACGAAAGAUUUUUCUUCUACACAACAAAAACAAACGAAACGUAAAAACCUACAAAUAAAGCAAGAAAAACUGAUUCAUUUCAUACAACUUAAAGCUAGCAUGAAAUUAAGUUAUUAUCGAAUACAUAACUAUAAUCGAAGAAGUUUGCAUGAAAAGCAUGUAGCAAAGAAUCAUUGAUCUACACAAAUAUUUAUUGUAGUCACUGUAGAACAAAGUCAUCAAGUGAGAUAUACGCGCAACAACAAAGUGUUCAACUUAAGCCGCGCCAACUGUACUUUAAGACCGAAGAGAAACUUCCUUUUAUUUUCGAUUAUUAUUACGUUCGAGCUGGCUUAAGUAGAAGACAACCUAAAGUUAAAAAUUAAAAUAGUAUAUAGUAAUUAAACACGAACGCGAUAAAAUGUAGUUAGGAUCUUUUGAUACCCUUUAUAAUUUUUUACAGAACGUAUGUUUAAUAUUUAAUUAACAACAAUAAACAUUGUUAAAACUGCAA